ACGCUAUAGACGCGAUAAAACACCCUAAAAUGUGCCUGAAAUAAGGGUAUCUCGGAGUCUUAUCAAAGUUUCCACACUUGACUAAACUACUACGUCGUUCACUAAGCGCGUUGUUAGCAUAUAUCAAUCCAAACCUAAAAAGGUAUUCAAAUCACAAGAAAAACAUCCAUUAGCAUACACAUGCUAAGUAUAAACCACUCAACCCCGUAGAAUAAUCAUAUAUAUAUAUAUAUAUAUAGGGAUGCACUCACCUGCGGACAGUCGCCCAGGUGAGAAAUGCGUCCAAAUCUGGUGCGUCCAUCUUCUAAAAUAGACGAUCAAUAAUACAGCUCCCUAUCAUAACGCGCGGUGGCAAAUAGGUAAUUUUGCAGUUAAAAUCUAAACUUAAUACACACGCGAGGACUUUAUCGGCAUUACUCUAAUCCCUAAACUGCAAAACCCCAUUUACCACACUGCUCCGGCGACAACAACGACGAAGUAAAGCUUUACUAAACAGGAACACAACACAAUCAAUAUCUACCAAAAAUGGAUACGGAACAAAGCCCAAAGGUUAAUGCUGAGAAAACCCGAACCAAACGAGGUGCAAAGAGGCACACUGAAGGGACCAGAAAGUCUAAGCGACAGGCAAAAAAGGCAAAAAAGGAGCCAGUGAAAGUAAUAGUUCAGAGCUCACCUGAAGAUGACUUAGAAGAGAGUGAACAACCAACUAGUGGAUCUGAACCAUAUGUCAAUCGUCAAGAUGAUGAAGAGAGUGCCCAACCAUCUGCUGGAUCUGAACCAGAUGUGAACACUCAAGAAGUUGAAGGCAAUGAAGACUCUGAGUCAAAUGAGGACAGAGACACUGACACCGAGUAUUCUGAUGCUACUUACCCAUCACUAUCAACAAGGGCAACCCUUACCAACUGACACAACAUUUAAAGAAAUUAAAUGAUGCACAAUCUCAAAGUUUGAGAGACAUGGGUUUUGAUCACUUAAGGGAGCAGCAAAUUUCUAGAGUACCUGGGAAGCUGGCAUGGUGGCUGCUUAACAACUUUGAUGCACGAAGCUGUUCUCUACGUGUCCAGGAUGGGAAGGAGCUGCACAUUACAGAGGAAGAUGUUGCCCUAACACUGGGGUUCCCCCGUGGAAAUAUCAGAAUUGAGAAAAGAACUAAAGGAGAUGAAGACACUACAUUAAUUGAGGAAUGGAAACAACAAUUGGCCAGGACUGAUCUCUUUAUAACACCUACUAAACUGUGUAAGGCAAUGGUGGGAUGCAAGGAUGGAGGAGAAUGGUUCAACCGUCAUCUUGCCAUACUCAUUGCUACAAUGUUUGUAGAGAGCAACUUAUCUGGCUAUGUGAACACAAAUCUGAUCAAGAACUUUGAGGAUGUCACGAAGAUAGGUGAUCUAAAUUGGUGUGAGUACAUACGUAGAACACUUAUCAGUAGUAAGGUUGCAUGGACAAAGAAAACAGCUCAGAAGUUCAUUGGACCAAUAAUAUUCCUGACAAUUUUUUAUGUUGAUAGGGUAGUGCUUUAUAGUAAGCCAAUACCUAGGCAAUUGCCAGCACUCAAGGGAUGGACCACACAACUACUGAACCAAAGAGGGAAGAAUGAAAUUAGUUCUGGUAGCUUUGGAUACGGCUACAUCGAUGAACCACAACAACCCCUGAAAGCCAUUGAAGAAAAGAAAUCAGCAGAGAGUGAAGAAGGGUUGGAGAACUAUAUGCACAGAUUUGCAGAGAAGAUAAAACUUCUGGCAGCAACAAUGAAUGAGGUAAUGACAAUGGCAGAAGAGGCACCACAGCGCACAGUGGAUAAUCCUAAUUUUAAACAGAUGGUGGAAUCUGCCCAAAAAUUGUUGGGAAUACCAAACCUAGAGAUUGAGUUAACUCAAGAGAAUGAAGAAUUUUGGAACAACCCAUAAUUCAUUGCAGCUUUUGAUGAAAUUGAUAAUGUAAUUGCUAGGAGAAAGCAAUACAGGACUAAAAUAGCAGAAGGGUCGAGCUUUAGCUUAGGGAUGACUCCAGAUGAAGUUGAAAGGGUAAUCAAUCGUGUACAGAGAACUGCAACAAAAUCAACUGCUAAGAGCCCACAAAAAAAUGUGAUGAGUGAUGAAUUUAACACCCCUACUGGACCUUCUACCGACACAACACCAAAUCUUACACAGCAGACAACAACUGAAGACCUGACAACACCUGCUGAACAACAGGAGAAUGUUGAUGAGAUGCUGCCAUAGGAACCACAACAAAAAGAAUCACAACAGAUAGAGCAGGAUGAUGAAGAGCAAAAUCCUAUACAAAUGCAGACUGAAAAAAGUCCAGCAAAAGAGCCUCAACGGCCAGAAACAAGGAUGGAAAGACAACAAGUCAAGGCCACAAAUCCUUUGAAAUCCCCUUACUUGACAAGGCAAGUUGACAUGAAACGACCAUGGACUGCAACAGAAAAAAUCAUUGGGAAAUGGGUUCUGCAAAAUGACAAUGUUGAUCCAACACGGAUAAUUUUCAAACAUGGUGCAUACGUAGUGAUUUGGGAUGACAUGUUAUCCCUCAACAAGAAUCAGGAGAUUAAGGUUGGAAUUAUUGAUGCAUGGUCUGCAAUUCUAAACCAGAAAGAAAAAGCUCGUAGCAGCAGCUCAACGUGCAGGUUUUUUGCAUCGACAUUUGUGUGUCUUUACACUGUUGUAGCACCCUAUGGCGAUAACGCAUUGAGGACUAAGAGAUUUUCAGAAAGAAUGGAAGAUGAAAUUAGGCAGACAGAAGGAUUGAAUCUUCAAGAUAUUGAGUUCUUUCAAACAGUUUGUCUUCCCAAUUGUCCACUCUCAACACUACUAUGUGCUUACCAUAAAUGUGAAGAACAAAAGAUUUGACACUGAGAAAACCAUGUUGGCUGACUACUUUCACCUCAAAGAGGACGAUGCAAAAAGCAAUCUUGUAAGGGGAUUGACACCAGCUAGACUCAGAAUGUCAUGGAGGGACAAUAAUAACAAGGUUGACUGCGGUGUGUUCGCUAUGGGACACAUGGAGAGUUAUAUGGGCAAGGGUACUAAAGGCUGGGACUGUGGAUUGGAAAAAAAAAACAAGGAACAACUAAACAACACACGAGUGAAAUACCUUGCUGAAAUUGUGAAUUCCCCAAUAAAUGAAUUCCGUGAAGACUGUAUGAAAGAUGCUAGGCAGUAUGAAAAAGCCUCAAAGGUCAAGAAGUAACUAAUUGGUAGAUGUAAGAAUUGAUAAUUGGUUUUUUUGUAGUCAAGGUCUCUAACCAUUUUUUUGAUGUAGGCAAAUAGAUAUAUAUGCAAGGCGGUUUUUGAGUUGUCUAUGUAUUUGCAGUGAUGACUUGUAUGCAAGUACUUGUAGUCUUCAAAAAUGUUAUUAAGUCUGUACGUAUGCAGUAGGUACUUGCAUUUAUAAUUGUCUACAAGUGCAGCUACAAUUCUCUAAAAGUGCAUGUAUACUUUUCUAAUAGUGCAUGCAAUUUUUUGUAUUAGUGCAGGGAUUUGCACUUAUAUAAACACCUAUUUUCAAAACUAGUGGAUUUAAUGCAAAAAGUUUGACUUA